AGACCAUGGUGGGGUAGUCAUUGAACUCGCAUAGCUUCCUGUGUCGUCACAAUAGAUUUAAAAACAACAUUGCCACUCCACACUGGUGAUGUGAGGGCCCAAACUCCUGGCUAUUGUCCUGUUCUCACUAGCUCCGCUGAGCGAUCUGAGGUGACCCUAUUAUUUAACGUCUAAUAGUGACCGCAGCCCUUUUCAGACUGACUGGUAAUUUACUGCCAAAAAACACAGAAUCCAGAAUUAAAUACUGUGGCUUUGGACUUUCUAUUUUUAUCUACUGGUUUGCCGUUCACUCCUGUGAUCUCGUCGCCAGCCGCCAGAGUCCCCUCCAGAGCAGCAGGGGUGUUGUCAAAGACCUGACAGAGAUCCCAGUUACAGGAAAUAAGGUUAUCUUGUCCGAUCCCAGUCCGUCUUGCAUCUCAAACCACACUCAGGGCCGCUUUGACCACCAGUGACAACAUGGCAAUGCCAAUGGAACUUGAGCUGAAGCAUGUGGAGCUGAGAGCUGGAGACCAGUUCAAAGUACAGGGGAGGAUUAUGGAUGCGGCUGAGAGGUUCCAGAUCGACCUGGGCUGUGAUGAAGACGACCUGGCACUGCACUUUAACCCACGCUUCAAUGAUGACACUGAUGGUACUGUGCUCGUGUGCAACUCAAAGAUUGCCGGCUGCUGGGGUGAUGAGAAGAGAGAGCUCCACAAUCCACUCCAAAGGGGUUCUACAUUCAAGAUUGUGCUGAAGCUGAUGGGCGACAUGUUUGAAGUGGAGAUGCCUGAUGGACAGGAGAUCCAGUUCCCCAAUCGUGAAGGCCUAGACGUCAUUACCUACAUUCGUAUCAAAGGAGACCUCAAACUUACUACUUUCAAAAUCUACUAGACCCCAAUAUAUGAGGGGUGAUUUAGUUAGGUCAAUGGGUUAGGACAGGAGCAAUGACAUUUAUCAAAUCAUUGUUCUAAUAUAUGUAUUAGUGAACUGUUGGACAUAUUAAAUAUGUAUCUGGGUUGACCACAGUC